GACUUGCUUGGCACACGUGUAUUUUCUCUGGAUGGAACAUGCAUCGCUGAAAUGAUCGACUGCGCUUCAGAGAGGCCUCUGAUGUAUGCAUGACACGCCGUGCCAAACAGCGCCCUGUGUGGAUGUGUAUGCGGGGCCCUGGGUACCGUAGUAGGCACUACAUGCGGAGAACCGCUCGCUUUACACUGGCUGGACACGCAAGGAUGGUUACAUGGCCCCUCCCCCCCGUCGGCGACACGUCUGCCAGCUGUUCCCGGCUCGGUGCGUCCCCCAUGGACAUGGGCCGCUGCCGCCGCUGGGGAUCGAGGGCCGUGCGUGCAUGUAGGUAUACUCGUACAUAUAUGAGCAUCAUCGAGCUGUCUGGCUGUCCCUUGUGGUGGUGGUGCAUAUAGGAGCGUACAUAUGGGAGAGAGGGGGGCAUACACAUAAGCGGCUGUUUCAACUUUCCAGGUGGCACACGAGACGGUCAACUGUCAAGGUAGCGUUAGCGUCGACGCUUUUGCGGCACAAGGACGAGCGCCGGUGAGGCGAUGAGAGGAUUUUGGCGACCCAAGAUGCACACCUUUGUCGUCCUUGCGCUGACCACUGGCUGGCCAUCGUCCUUG